AUGUGGCUGCAAGCUCUGCUGUUGGGCCUCCUGGCGAUGGAGGCUUCGGCUCAGGCACCGCCUGGUAAGUAAGGCCUUUCUGCCCUCUAAUGGCCUCAAUAUCUUGUGUGUUCCUCGGCGUAUUCUUGAAAUAGCCGAAGUCUAGACGAUAUCUUGUUUGAAGGAAACCAUCGCUUCCGCAGUUUGUGAGCGUAGAAAUCUCAGCUUGGUCUCUGUUCUGAGUUUCUAUCAAAAUUAUUCUGGCUCUUUAGCAGGAUUCAUCAGCAUAGACUGCGGCCUCGAGACCAACGACAGCUACAGAAACCAAUACAACAACCUCGUAUACGACACUGAUGCCUCGUAUAUCGACACCGGAGUAAACCAGGACGUCUCCCCGGACACUAAUCUGACAGGUUUGCAUCGGUACUACUCGACCCUCCGAAGCUUCCCCGACGGAACUCGGAACUGCUACACGCUGGGUCCGGUGAGAAAGGGAGGAAGAUACUUGGUUAGGGCCGAAUUCGAGUACGGAAACUACGACGGCCGAAAUGCUCCGCCGACUUUCGACGUGUACCUCGGCGUUAACCUGUGGCAGACUGUCCCACCGGAGGACUUUUCCCGGCUGGAGAUCAUCGCCAUUGCUCCCUCCGAGUCCAUACAGGUAUGCUUAGUCGCCAUUGGUAUGGGGACGCCCUUCAUAAGUUCCCUCGAGUUGAGGCCCCUUCGCGAUACCAUGUACACCAUGGCGAACAAGACUCAUUCGUUGGUUCUUUACGAGGAUCGAGAGGACCAUGGCAGGAAUGGCUCAAUGAGGUGAUGCCCUGUUCAUCUCUCUCUCUCCCCUCCCUUCCUCCCUCAUCCUCCUACGCACCUCUGUCGGAUUUGUGGUGAUACCUUUGGUUACAGAUAUCCAAAUGACAUGUUUGACCGCGUGUGGUUCGGAUCAAGCAAGCGCAUCGGGACACCGGUGAGCACUGACAAUGAUGUUUUGGUGGAGGAGGGAGACCUGGCUAUGGCACCGCCUUUGGUCUUCGAGACAGCAGUGAAGACGAAUUCUACCUCCCAAUUCCUGAACUUUACCGUGAAAGGAAUCUCUGGAGAAAAGAUGUUGGUGUUCCUAUACUUCGCAGAGAUCGAGAAUAUUAAGGGCAAGCAGAGGAGAGAGUUCUCUGUCUACCGGAAUGGUAACCUAAUAUCUGGGCCACACAAUCCGAAAUUCCUGGUUGGACAGACUGUGAUCAUCCCCGAGUCAGGCCCUGGAGGAACAAGCAACUACACCAUCCAGGCCACGGCCAAUUCAACCCUACCUCCCAUCAUUAAUGGCCGCGAAGUGUACAAGCUGGUUGAACUAAAGUCGUUGCCUACUGACGAAGGCGACGGUGAGUUUCAUCAUCUUCUUCCUUACAUUGUUGUUUGGCUUUAGAGAGAAAACAGGGGAGGCGCUGACGAUCGUAUCUUCGAAAACAAGAAUACAUUUUCUAGUAAAGAAAAAUCACCGGGACAUUGAAAACACAUGUCAUACUGACCGUGAUUUUUCGUUUCUAAUUCAGUGUUCAUUAUUUUGUAUCACUCCAUGCAUUCCUACUCAAACUAUACGCGUUCUGAGCACAGUUAACGCCGUGAUGAAGAUCAAAGGGUCCUAUGGAGUGAAAAGGAAUUGGAUUGGUGAUCCAUGUGUCCCCCAGAACGUCUCUUGGGAAGGCUUGAAUUGCAGUUACAAUGACCAUCAGAACCCCAGGAUUACUGCCUUGUAAGCUGUUCUUUGAGGUGUUCUUCCGUUGGAAUAAGUCAAAGUUUCUUCUACUUUAUAGAAUUGCAGAGUCAAAGCAUUUAUUCAACUGUCUUGCAGAAACUUGUCUCGUAGCGGAAUUAGCGGUAUCAUUUCUCCAUCAAUCGCGAAUCUAACAGCGCUAGAGUCUUUGUAAGUUUCUUUUACAUUGAAUACAAUUCUCACGGUUCAGAUAAAAAUUUGAGAGUGCAUCUCUGUUGACUAAAUUUAUUUUGUUGGUAUAAUUUUUUUUAACAUAUAAACCUUAAAACAGACGUAUCCGUGAAUAAAUGAAAUUCAAAUAAUUGUCAACAACCUACUUUACAGAAAAAAUAUCAAAUAAAACAUAAAAUUAUUUUGAUCAAUGCAUGUGUGCCCUAUUUUCUAGGAUCCUAGUAACUUUAAAAGGUAAAUUUCAGUUUUAUUGAACUGUAUGAGCAAUAUAAUGAUUAUAUUACGCUACAUGACAAAUGGAAAUAUGCAAAUUUCUGUCUCAAAAAUUAAACUACAAAAAUUGUACCUAAUUAUGAUGAUCCCAUAAGAGAAGUGUAGUUGACAAGCUAAACUCAACUUCAUGUUCUGGUCAAUAGAUGCUUCCAUCAUCCCACUCUUGUUCUCCUCCUUGAUCUUCUAGGUGAAGCAUAUAACUUUUUGGUCGAUGAAAAGGAAGCUUAGGCAUUGAACAGAUUUAAGAACAUAGAGUAAGAUUAACGUUGUGUUCUAUGACGGAAACCAAUUAAAACUUGCUGACAUGUACUGUUUUUUUUCAGGGAUUUAUCAGGUAACAAUUUAACAGGUGAAAUUCCUACUGAUCUAGCCGAACUUUUACAACUAAAAGUUCUGUAAGUUCAAACACAUAUCUUAUAUCUGUACAUACCGUAUUUCUGAAAAUUUUUAGCGACAAGGACUUUUUUCUUUGCAGGAACUUGGAAAAUAACCAACUAAGUGGAGUGGUUCCCAAGAUUCUUCAUGAGAAGUCACAAAAUCAGACCCUACAACUAAGGUGAGAAUUUUCACAAAGGAAACUAUGUUAAAUAUUAAUCCCAAACCAUAUUUCUGUAAAAUACAACAUGAAAGAAAGAAGCAACAGAAUGAAAAAGAUGUCUAGUUUAUUUUUUUAAAAAAAUUUCUAUCAUUGUUAGACAUCAUGGUAAAUUUUCUGAGCGAGAUCAUUCAAGAAAAUGCAGGAUUCUGUUUUUUUAUUCCGUUAUUAUCUUCAUUAUUUUAUAACCCUUGCAUUCCGAGCACCGGAAAAAUAUUUUUUUUAUCACCCAAAUAACUUGAUAUUAUUGCGAGCCCCCUAUCUGAUGAACCAUGAGAGGAGAUAAUUUCUCAUGGAAUAUAUUUUUAAACGUCAGUUUAGAUAAUAAUGUUGGUUACUUCACAAGCAUUUGUCAUUAUUAGCUGCCUUCACUGGCAAUAAUGGGGAAUGGGAAUGAGAUCUACAUGACAACAUAGCGAAACCAUUUACAAGUUGGUAACAUUGUGAUGAUGAGAAUUAUUGGCUUGAUGUUUGUAUUAGCUAUGAGAAAUGAGCAUAGUUAUUUCUUUUUUACUUUGGAUACUAAUGACUGAUUUUUAUUUGAAAAAUAUUAGAAUCGAUGGCAACACAAAUCUAUGCAGAGAAGGUUCAUGUGAGGCAAGAAGGAAAAACAAAAUCAUUGUUCCCAUCACAGUAGGAAUUGCAGCAUCCUCAGUUUUAGUCUUCUUAAUUGCUAUACUAAUUUCUUGGAGAAUUAGAAGAAGAAAGAAAAUUUCCCUUCAAGGUACCGCAGAAGGUAUGUGAUUCCUUUCUAUUUCAUUUUUAACCCACAACGUAAUUAAAUGUCUGAUAUAAUUUUCCUGGUGGCAUGUUGACCUCUUAAGUCAUUUGAUACUAGAAACCUUUUGCAUGAAAGCAGAUAUUCAAUCUAAUAAACAGCAGGGGAGUUUAAAUUUAGAGAGCAGCCAAUUCACAUUUGCAGAAAUCGUAAUCAUCACAGAAAACUUUCAACACCAGAUUGGUGAAGGUGGCUUUGGAAAGGUUUAUCGAGGCCGUUUAAGAAAUGGGAUCGAGGUUGCAGUAAAGUUGCUUUCUAAAGCAUCUUUUCAAGGAGAAAAAGAGUUCCAAGCCGAGGCAAGUUGUAGUAGUUGAAGUCGAUGAUUUACCUACUAUAGUGACAAGAUUGGGAUAUUCUAACAAUGAUAGCCGUGUUUUCAAACAUAGGCACAAAUAUUGACGAGGGUUCAUCAUCGAAACCUGGUGUCAUUUCUGGGAUAUUGUAACGAGCCAGACAGCUUUGCAUUAGUUUAUGAAUUUAUGGCACAUGGGAAUCUGGCCAUGCACUUAUCAGGUUCUUUUUUCAUACUUAAGACAUUAUAUGACAAGUUAAUGUCAGUUUUCUUUUUAACAGGUUUAUAUUCCACUAAUAUUUAUUAUUCUUGAAUAAACAUAUAGAUAAAUUGAAUAAUGAUUUAAGUUGGAGCAGACGACUCAGAAUUGCUAUUGAAGUUGCACAAGGUAUAUGACAAAACUAUUGUCAAUGUAGUGUAAUUAUAGUUGUUCUUUGGCAUACUUUUAUCUAAAAAUAGUUUGUGAAUUCUUUCAUUACAGGACUCGAAUAUUUGCACAUUUUUUGCAAGCCGCCUAUUGUUCAUAGAGAUGUGAAGACUGCAAACAUUUUACUAAAUCUCAAUCUUGAAGCGAAAUUAGCCGAUUUUGGGAUGUCAAAGUUCUUCCGUGAUGAAAAUUCAGUUUAUAUUUCCACAGCAAUUGUAGGCACUCCAGGAUACCUUGACCCUGAGUAAGAUUUCUAUUUCUUCUUGACUAUUUCAACAGCUUUUAUAACCUUAGAAAGAAAAUAUAAUUUUUUUUUCAUAAACUUCUAUUUGAUAAUUUUUCUAUGACUUAAUCUAUUACAGGUAUUGUCAAACAUCAAAGUUAACAGAGAAGAGUGAUGUUUACAGUUUUGGAAUUGUUCUUCUAGAGCUUAUAACAGGGAAACCACCAAUUACUCGUGGUUUGGAGAAAAGUUCAACAAUUUCAUGGGUGCAAUCAAACAUUCAAAGAGGUGAUAUAACUGAAAUAGUUGACAAAAGAUUGGGAGGAAAAUAUGAUACCAAUUCAAUUUGGAAAGCAUUAGAAGUUGCACUGCUUUGUACAAUGCCGAACUCCACACAAAGACCAAGCAUGAGUGCUGUGGUAACACAGUUAAAGGAUUGUCUUCCUUAUAUGACACCGCAAUACACAUCUAGUGACUUUCAUGAUUGUGAACAGAGUCGAGUUGAUGUGGUGCCUUUUAUUUCUGAUAUAGACACCAAUCCGUCGGCAAGAUAA